AUGCACUUGGCCGAGUUCCUGCACUACGAAGUGGAACCUGUUCUGUUAGAAUACAAUAGAGGGAACAUUAAUUGGGGGAAUUACGUAGGUUUACUGUAGUUUUGACUAUUUUUUAUUGUUAGAAAAAUAACACAUGGGAUGGAGUGCUGGGGAUGAUCGCCAACAAUUCCGCAGACACUGUGUGCAUGUUCUAUCAGCAAACCGAUUCCAGAAGAGAAUUCUUUGACUUUUCUUAUCCAGUCACAUCGGUAAUAAGAUAAAAAAAAUACAAUUUAGAGGUUAAUCAAAAGCAGUUGAACUUUUACUAGGCAGUGCGUAAAGUCGCUGGAAUGUUUUCGCCGACAUGCACUCCGCGAAAACAAAAGUUCACUUUGCACUGUGCAAUUGUUGGCUUUUUGCACAGUGCAAUAGGCCCUUUUGGGCUGUCGCCCGCACCCUGAGUUUUCUUGCACAGUGCACGUCGCCGAAAUCAUUCCAGCGACUAUGCGAACGGACUGAUAAAUAACAAUUUCAGGUACGCCCCAUCUACAUUGUAAAAAGGACGACCGAUGAUUUGUCCUCAGGACUUUGGAAUGCGUUCAGUCCUUAUGAAAACACAACUUGGGCUGCCUAUCUGGCCAUGUUUUUCGUCCAAGUUAUCUUUAUGAUUUUCCUAUCUCGAGUUGAAAUUGAGAUCGGGAAAGGAGAAAUCUUCUCUCCGUUAGAGGUAAGGCCCGUCCCCUUCUCUCAUAUCUCUUUAGACCACCUGGAAAUUGAUCCGUCUUCAGUUAUAUCAACCUCUGAACGUCCAUCACUUUACCGUGGCAGGUACCUCCUUUCUGCAUUCAUGAAAUGACCUGUUUGUAAAAUUUACAGGGAAUUGGACCAUUCUUGUCUUCUCCAUGGUGCAAUGUCGCCUUUUCCUGGACAUGUAUCAGAAUUUAUUAUUGUCAUCAUUACUCCGACCAAUGGACAGAUCGCCGUUCAGUAACGCAGAUGAUAUUCUGGAACAAGUCAAGGACAAGAAGUACUCUUUUGUCACCAAUUAUGUGGGACAUUGGUAAGAGUAACCGCAUUUAAUUCUUUCAAUUCAGGUAUUUCGAAGAGAUGAAUUCGAAUGUAACUACUGGCCAUAUGAAACUCCUCAAAAACAUCACUACCGAUAACAAAGUGAAGACAGUCCGCAGUAUAAAAGAAGCCCUGGAUCUGGUUUCCACUGGCAAAUACAUAUAUCCUAUCCAGGCAGAUGCCUACGCCGCUCUUUUGGCCAAGGACCGCUGUGAUCUGGCCUAUGUAGCCGAAGGAAUGAACGAGAAAACGGCCCAUUUUGUGUUUUCAAAGAACUCCAGAAUCCUCUCAGAAUUCGAUGACGCCAUUCUUCAGAACCUGGACUUUAUUCGCAGGACCCAUCACAAGUAUUUUCUCGAGGGAUUCUCGAUUCCAUUGGCCCGAAAGAAAAGGACCAAGAUCUGUCUUGAGAAUGAGGUCGAGAAUGAAAAAAGAAAACCUCUGAGUGAGUUGCUUUACAAAUAUAAAUCAGAGCUUUCAGCUAUGAUGUCCAUCUUUGGGAUUGUAAUCAUCGCAGCCGGAGGAUUUAUUCUCUCCGGAGCAAUAUUUGUAUUCGAAUUGUACUUGUUUUGGCAAGGGAAAUUGAUCCAAUACAAGAUCAAGGCAAGAAAUGCAUGGCAUACAACUAUCAGCACGGCAUUACACACAUUGCCUGGGGCACCAAACUGCAACGACACUAACAAAAUAACAUCAAGUAAUAGUCCGGAGAUGAGUAUUGACCAAUCGUAA